AUGACCCGAACUCAAGCAAUGAACGAGUUCUGUAAACGCCGACCCCCGACCUUUCACGGAGACAUCAAUCCCGUCGUGGCCGAAACAUGGCUAAACAAAGUCAAAAUGAUCCUUAGAACCCUAGGGAUUACCCAGGACGGAAACCGUGUGGCCUUGGCCACAUACCAAUUGAAGGGAGAAGCCCGCUAUUGGUGGGACCUGAUGGAAGCAACCUAUACCAUAGCCACCAUGACUUUUGUCGAGUUCGAAGCUUUGUUUCUCGACAAGUACUUUUCCACGCCUAUUCGCCUAGCCAAAGAGCAGGAAUUUCUGAACCUAAAACAAGGGACAAUGACGGUUACCCAGUACGAAGCCAAAUUUGAGGAACUAUCCCGUUACGCCUUAACCUCCAUACCAACAGAGGACAAGAAAGCAAAAGAGAGUGAAGAGGCUGACUUCAAAACCCAAUGGAAGAAGGCAAUAGGCAAUACUGGCAGACCGAUCCGAACCCAACCACCCAACAACAAGCGUGGACCCUACCCCCAUAAACCUUCUAACUCGACUCAAAGCAAUCAACCAUGGGAGACUGCUAUACCGGGACAUGGCGAACCGCAGAUGGUAGGUCAAGACAUAGCCACAGUUCAGUGCUACAACUGUCAGGCUAUGGGCCACAUUAGGCGCAACUGCCCGCAGCCUCAAAGGAAGAGGGAUGGGAGCUUUGGAAACUAG